CCGCCCCGGCACUGCGGCCCCCGGGGUACCGGGGGCGCCCCGUCCUGUCUUCCCCACAAACCCCGCCCGCCCCGCCGCUGGUCCCUGCGCCGUCAUCCCGGUGCGACCCGUCGUUCGACCGCCACCGUGCCUCCCGUCGGUGCGGCCUCGCCGGGAGCGGCACCGGGAGCAGCUGCUGCGUCUCCCCGAGGAGCGGUGCCGGUGCCAUGAAGGAGGACCGGGAGCGCCCCAUCGCCCUGGGCUCCACCGUCACCAAACCCGACAUCCUGGCUGAGGCGGAGCGCGGGGCGGCAGCGGGGGGCUGCGGGGGGCACCGGAGCCCGCGGCCUCGCACAGCGCCCGCCGGCCCUUCCCAGGGGGACUGGCUGGGGAAGGAGGUGAAGAGCGAGGAGGGGGUGUCCCCGCCGCCCGCAUCCCCCCCGACCCACCGCCCCGGCCCCAGCGCCGUCCCCGUCCUGCUGCGGGAACGGGGCUGCAGCUACUGCGGCGUCCUCGAGCCGGAGCUGAAUCCCGGUGCCGGUACCGGGGGGUUCGUCGCCCCGCCGCCAGGCCGGGAGCCGCCCCUGGAGUGCGGGGAGUGCGGCCGGGGCGCGGGGCAGAGGCCGGACCUGGUGCGGCACCGGCGGGCGCAGGGCGGGGAACGGGCCCCUGGCUGCGGCCGCUGCGGGGGCGGCACCGCCGGGCCGGUGGGGCUGGGGGCCACGGGCAGCCCCCGCCGCCGCCCGGGCACGGCGGAGGGGCCGGGGCCGCUGCGGAAGGAGCGGAAGGAGCUGUCGCUGAUGGAGAAGGUGCGGGUGCUGGAGAUGCUGGAGGGUCCCAAGGUGUCUCAGAGCGAGUUGGCCAAACGCUUCGGCGUGUCCCAGCCCCAGAUCUGUCGGAUCAUCAAGAACAGGGAGAGGAUCCUGAGCGAGUGGCACCGCAGCGGAGACCCCGACCGCAAGCGCAAGCGGGACGGGAAGGACGCGGCCCCGGAGGCCGCCCUGCUGCGCUGGGUGGAGGGCUCCCGCGCCGCCCGCCUGCCCCGCAGCGGCCCCCUGCCCCCGCCGGAGGCCCCGCACCUCGCCCGGGCGCUGGGCCGGCCCGACCCGGGGGCCAGCAGCGGCUGGCUGGCUCGCUUCGGGGCUCGCCGCAACCUGCCCUUCAAAGGGCCCCGGCCGGAGGAAGGGGACGCGGAGCAGCCCACGGCAGAGCACUGGGCCGGCGCGGUGCUGCCCGGCCUGCUCCGCAGCUACGCGCCCGCCCAGAUCUACGCCUGCGGGGAGAGCGGGGUGCUCCUGCCCGGGGAGCGGCUGACCCUGCUGCUCUGCGCCAACGCCGACGGCUCCGAGAAGGUCCCGCUGCGGGCGGUGGGGGAGAGCGCCCGGCCCCGCUGCCUGCGGGGCGUCCACCUGGAGCAGAUGCCCUGGAGCUACCGCGCGGGCAGCCGGGCCGGCCUGACCGCCCCGCUCUUCACCGAGUGGCUGCGGGAGCUCAACGAGGGGAUGCGGCGGCGCGGGAAGAGCGUCCUCCUCCUCCUCGCCAAGCACGAGGCGCAUCCCUACCUCCAGCUUUCCAACGUCAGGAUGGUCUUCAUCCCGCCGGCCGCCUCCUCGGCCCAGCCCCUGGACCACGGCAUCGCCAGCGACCUGAAGGGCCACUACCGGUGCCGGCUGCUGCGGUGGCUGUCCGUGGAGCGCGGCGUGGAGCAGCCGACGCUCCUGGAUGUGCUGCACAUGCUGGCACAAGCCUGGGGAGACGUGCGCCCGGGGCUCAUCUCCAGCUGCUUCCGUGCUGCCGGUCUCAGCCCCGAUGCCAGCUCCGAUGCCCCGGUGCCCGGCCUGCUCAGUCGGGAGCAGCCGAUGGACGGGGAGCUGGAGCACAGCGGGGAGCCGGUGGAUGGGGACGCGGGGACGGCGGAGGGCCUUCUACGAGCUGGAGGACGUGGUGCACAUGGUGACAGCCGGUGCUGGGAAAGCCCUCCUUGGGGACACCCCUGCCAAGCCGUGAACAGAGCGUGUCCGGACCUGAUGGCACCCGUGUUGGGGACAGGAGCUCAUCGAGGCCAUCACCAGGCUGGCCUGGCCACCGUCCCCUGUGGUGCUGCCGCUGAGUUGUGUGGUGGGGUUUGCUGUGGGUCCGUCUGGCAGAGCUGGUGGCCCGUGGGGAGCACCGUGCCCGGCAGCUGCGGAGCCACCGUGACCGAUGUCACCCACCGGGGCAGCGCCGGGGGCACGAGUCCGCUGCCAAAACCUCCUCCCAAGGGGUGGCUUCUGCAGCCAGCAGGAGUUAUUUCCCCCGGGGGGGGGUGGAAUUUGCUCUGAGUGGGGUAGUUGUGUUUGCUGGGGGAAGGGCGUGGGGUGGUGCUGGGGUGUGCCUGUGCCAGGGGGAGAUGGGUGCCACUGGCUGCUCUCACCUGGAGGUUUGCAACAGGCAUUAAUUAAAA